AUGAGGGUUUUGUAUGUAUUGACAUGGGCCAUGGCCGCCCUAGCAUACCAGCAGUUUUGUAAGUGCCAAUGCAACGAGCAGCUGCUAGUCGAGAGAAUCGACCAGUGCAAGCAGUGCACGAAAGAAUGGUGUCUUUUACAAGACGCACAGCUCUGCCUGCCUGAAGAAACGUCGGACUCGAUGAUCAUCAGCUGUUUUCAGAACGAGUCCAAGAAAGAACAGGCGAUUGUGUAUGCGUUCAUCAUUGCCAUAGUCGUGCUUCUAGGCAAGCUGGUCUUGCCGUUCGGGCGGCGCACGUGA